CAGAAGCUGCUGAAAAAGCCGCACUUGAGCAAUGCAAGUGGCAGAUCGCGGAAGGGAACGCGGGCAAGCGUAGAGAGAGUAUCAUCUCCCCACUUGCUGUCCUCCCUCCCGGGCUGAGCUCGUAUCGAUGUUCUGGGGGAUGUGUGGCGCCGAGAUCGACUUUCUCUGAGCUGCAAUCGGGAUCGCUGAGCAAACCGAGCAGAGGCCGGGGAGCGGCGAGAGACCCAGCCGCAGUUGGAGGAGGGCAUCACUGACCAGACAGCAAUUAUUGCCCAUCCCUAAUUGCCCAGAAAGCAGCGCAGAGUCAACCACAUUGCUGUGGGUCUAUAGUCACAUGUAGGCCAGACCAGGUUGCUUUCGUGCUGUGCUAUGGGAUGGAUGAAGCAGAGCAAGAUAAGUAUGAGGCACGGUUGAAAGAGGUGUUUGACAGCUUUGACACCAUAGGCACUGGGUCACUGGGCCGAGAAGAGUUGACUGAUCUUUGUCAUAUGCUACAGUUACAAGAGGUGGCUCCCGUAUUGCUGCAGUCUGUUCUUCAGGGAAACCUCUCAGGCAGGGUACAUUUUGAACAGUUUAAAGAAGCAUUAAUCUUUACCCUGUCAACUACUAUUGAAGGGAAUUUCUCAGGCGAUGAUGGAUAUCAAGCACUAGAUUCUACCGAGGUACAACCAAAAUAUGUCAAAGAUGGGAAACGAUAUGGGCGGAGAACAGCACCAGAAUUUCAGGAUUCAGAGGAAGAAUUUAUGGAGGUCAGAGUUACAGAACCUUUAGCUGAUGAAACACAACCUGAAGAUGUUCCUUCUGGGCAUAAUAUUGAGAAAUGGAAAACUUCCACAGAAGGUGAAGAAUAUGAAGCUGAAGGUCAGCUGAGAUUUUGGAACCCAGAUGACUUGAACUCUUCCCAAUGCGUGUUUGGUGCUGACCCCAAGUAUAUUGAAGAACGACUUCAAGCAGUAUCUGAAGAACUCGGAGUCACCAAAGAUAGCUACUUGAGUAGCAAAGAGUUGAUAUCUAUUUGUGAUCAGUGUGGACUUAAGAAUGUAGAUGCAGAGAUUCUGGAUGACAUAUUUCAAAAACUAGAUCAAGAUGGAUUAAUGCGUCUUGAAGAUUUCAUUUAUGGCAUCUUUAAAAAAUCAACUCCUUCAUCUGCUUCAACUCCUUACAGGCAACUAAAGAGGCAUCAUUCUCAGCAGCCAUUUGAUGAAAGUGGCCGACGCACUGCUACCCCAUCUGCUAUGACAAGUACAAUUGGUCUUCGUCUGUUUUCAUGUUUGGAUGAUGGGACAGGUUAUACAUCCACAGAUCAGAUCUUGGAUACCUGGCAAGAUGAAGGAAUUGAAAAUGGCCUUGAAAUUCUAAAGACCUUGGAUUUUGCUCUGUAUGGGAAGGUCAAUCUGACAGAACUUACCCUGGCUUUGGAGAACGAGCUCCUGAUAACAAAGAAUGGAAUCCACCAAGCUGUUCUGGCCAGCUUCAAGAAUGAGAUUAGGCAUUUAAAGGAGCGAGUUGAUCAGGUUUUAAGAGAAAAAGAAAAACUUCGAAUGGACUUAGAAAAAGCAGAAAAGCUGAAAAACCUGAUGGCUUCUGAAGUAGAUGAUCACCAUGCUGCUAUAGAACACCUCAAUGAAUGCAAUCUCCGCAAGCUGGACCAAGAAUAUAGAAAUCGUUUUGCUGCUUUGAAGGCAGACCUCACCAAAGAAAAAGACCAGAUUUUCCACCAAGCCAGUAAGCAAAGAGCAGAACUCGAGAAAGAGAUUGAGAAAAUGAAAGUGGAAGAUGGAUACCUCAGGGAUCGACUUGCAUUGUCAUUGAAGGAAAACAGUCGGCUGGAAAAAGAACUUAUAGAAAAUUCAGAGAAGUUGUUUGAGUUUGAGAACAAUGCAAAGAAGUUACAAAAUAAUUUGGAUACUAUAUUAAAAGAGAAGUUUGGAGACCUUGAUCCAACCAGUGCUGAAUUCUUCUUGAAUGAAGAAAAAUUUACACGGAUGAGAAAGGAAUAUGAACAGCAAUGUAGGGAGCUCCAGGACCGGAUUGAUGAACUGCAGUCUGAGUUACAAGCAUAUCAGACACAGGGGAGAAGUCUUAAACCAUUGAUGAGAAGUCCCUUGUCAGAGGAAAUGGAGACUGGGAGUGAUGUUGGCGACUGUGAUCAUGGUUUUGUUUCUGAAGAAUGUAAUCCAUUGAACAUGAGUUUGGAAGCAGAAAUGGCCAUAGAACAAAUUAAGGAGCAACACCAUCAGGCAAUUGAUGGUUUGAAAACUGAGCUUGAUGCUAAGGUAAAUUAUUAUGAAGAGCAAAUAAAUGAAAUUAAAGCCAAAUAUGAAUUGGAGAAAGAAGAUAUUAACCAAGAACACAAAAAUAAGAUUGCAAAAAUGAAUGAUGAGCUCAACAAGCUCAGAAGCCAUAUUUCAGAACUUCAAGAGGCGAUAGAGACGCUUAAAAUCUUACAACAUACAACAGAAUGUAAACACAAAGAAGAAAAGGAAGAAUUGCAGAAUACGUUCAAUGUAGAUAAAAUGCAGCUAGAGAAGCAGUUGAAACAAGAACAUGAAGAAAAACUCCAAAGCAAAUUGAAGGAAAUAAGCCACUGCUUCCAUAAUGAGAAAGAAGAAUUGUUAAAAAGGUUGAUUGCUGCUGAAAUGCGACUGGAAGACCAACAAAAAGAGCUGAAGGACGUAUUCCUAAAAGAAAAAAUGGAACUGGAGCAAAUUUACCACACGCAAGUUUCUGAAGUCACAGAAAACCUUGAACAGGAGAAAGAAGAGUUGCAAAGGAAUCUGUUACAUGCACAGCAAAAUGAACUGCUACAGGAAAGGAAAAGCAUGGAAAACAAAUUUAACCAGAAGAUUGCUGAGAUGGAAACCCAGUUUGCCAAGGAACAUCAAACAAUCGUACUUAAAUUCAAAGCAGAAACAUCUGAACUUGAAGAAAAAUACCAACGUGAACUUUUGCAACUUGAAAAACAGCUUCAGGAAGAGAAAGGGCAGUGGGAGUUUGAGAAAGCGGAGCUUUUCCAGGAAAGUGAAGAUGACAAAGAAAAGCUGAAGGAAAUGUUAAAAGAGAAAAGCUUAGUUGCUCAGAUGCUUACUGAAGAGAGAGACAGAUUAGAGAAAUCUUGCAAAGACGAACUAAAUAAAUUAGCUUCUGAACAUCAGCAGCUUCAAAAGGAUCUGAAAGAGUCUAAAUCUGCUGCCUCAAAAAAAGAGCGGACUUUGACAGAUGAAAUUAUAAGCUUGAGGGAGGAAUUGAAGGUACAAUUACAAAGGAAAGAAGAACAAUUGGCCAAGGCUGGCGAUAAGCAGGAGCAGACCAGAAUAUUGAUUGAACAGAUGGAAGCAGAAUCUGAAAAAGAAAUAAAUAGACUCAAAUUGGAAAAUCUUCAGUUGGAAGAAAAACAUUCAAUGGUUUCUGUUCAGCUCCAGGCUGCACAUGAAGAAUUUGUCAAAGAAAAGGCAGAACAUUGUUCUGAAAUCUCCAGACUGCAAGAGAAAAUCAAAAAUAUGGAAGAGGACAUGGUGUUCCUUCGUGAAAAGCAGAGGUCCAACAAUGAACUGGAGGGGGAAAGUAACAAGAUGAAAAACAAAAUUGCUGACUUGCAGGAAAAAACACUACAGCUGGAAGUGCAAACAUUAUUACUUCCAGACUCGAAAAAGGUACAAGAGGAUUUCAAAAAAGAUUAUGUAAAGAUGAGAACUGAAACUUCGGAGUUAGAAGAAAGUUCUCAAGAAUUAAAAGGAAAAAUUACAGAUCAGCCAAACCUGCAGAAAGCCAAUGAACUACUUAAAAGAGAAAAGACAGAACUAAUGAAUGUGAACUUUGAACUUCAAGCAAAGAUUGAACAACUCCAGGGUAAGUUGAUGCCUUUUACAAACUUGGAGAAAGUAUCUGUAUCAUCGGAGAAAGAAAUAAGGUCAGAAAACUCCAAUCUGAACAUGCAAAUAAAGGAACUAGAGGAAGAAACACUGAAUGUUUCAGAAUUACAGAAAACAAUUGAGUUGUUGAAAAAUGAAAUGGGUAAAAUGAAAUCAGAGAAGCUGGAAUGUCAAGAUAAAGUUGAACCAUUACAAGAAAAAGUUGAAGUUCUCACAAAGGUGCUUGAACAAUCUCAGAACGAACUGGCAGAAGUAAAAUUACAAAAUGUGAACUUGAAAGAUAACAUAAAUGAAUUUCAGGAAAAAGCUCUGGAGUUGUCAAAUUUACAAAAAGCUAUUGAACUGUUUAAAAGUGAAAAAAUAGAAAUGAUACAGGAAAGAGUACAACUUCAAGAAAAAAUUAAACAGCUACAAGACAAAGUUAAGUUAUUUUCAGACUUAGAGACUGCAUGUGAAAGCUCCGAGAAAGAAAUACUAAAAGUAAGGGCUCAGAACACGAGGCUACAAGAAAGGACCAAGCAAUUGGAAGAGAAGAUUGUGUCAAUUUCAGAACUUCACAAGAGAAAUGUUCAAACUGAGAGAGAGAAUGCUGAGUUAAAAGUCGUCGUCGCCAGAUUGCAAGAGCAAUUAAAUCAGCAACAAGCCAGAACGAACAGCGGUGAAUCUGAAGAACCCACUGGUACAAAUGACAUCUUAAAAGAUCAAAAGGCCACAUUGAGGGAGGAAGAAGGAGUUUAUCAUGAGAAAAUCAUAGAAUUGAAUGAAGCGCAACAGGAAUUAAAGCAACAAGUGGAGAUUUUGAAGAACGACAAAAUAGCUGCUCAGAGAAUUGUAGAACUUCAAAACAAACAGAUUGCAGAGCUGAGAUCCCAGAACAAAAAGCUAGAUGCAGAGAAUGAAGAUCUUUGCCACAAAAACUCAAAGAAUCAAGCUGAUGUACUAGAAUUGAAGCAGCGGUUGGCUGAACUAGUUCGCCAGAAGGAGAAAAAGGCUGGGAACUUGGAGAAAGAACGUGAACAAGAAAAAAUGCACAUAAUGCAAGAAAUUGAAAAUGGCCAUUUGUCCAAAUACAACAAAUUGGAGGAUGAAGUCACUGCUUUAAAGCGCAUAAAUGAAAACUUGACAAGGGAGAAAGAAGCACUGAAUGAUGAAAAGAACCAGUGCAUUGGCAAGAUUACCAAAAUGAACAUUAUGGAAAAGCAGGCAGAACAUUUGAGACAAGAAUGGCAGACAUCGCUGCAAGAAGUCCAAAAGUUAUCAAGUCAGCUGAUGACAUCACAAGAUAAGAUACAAAGUUUGGAGGAAAGCUCACAAAGUGUCAACCUCCAGACAGCAAAAUUGAAAUCAGACUUCCGUGUAGCUCAACAGGAAAAUGAAGCAUUAAAGCAGGAAGUUAUGUCAUUGCACAAACAGCUACAGACCACCAAAGAUAAGAAUCAGGUGCUAGAGCUGACUUUGCAGUCUGCAGAUUUUCAGCAUCAGCAGAAAAAGUUUUACCAGGAUGACCUGGCUCGGCUGGUGGAAGAGGAGCAGAAAUUAAUGCGACAGGAAAAUGAGAGGCUGCAGAAAGAAGGACAGCACACAAAAGGAGAGCUUCAGCAGGCCAGGGAGAAGAUCAAACAUUUGGAAUCUGCAAUUUUGACACUCAAGCAGCAAAAACACUACAGCAAAUCUGCCAUGCUGAAAGCUGCUGAACAGGAGAAACUCUGUUUGAAGAGGGAAUAUGAUCAGCUUCAGAAAGAUCUCAAUCGGAAGAUUAAAUUAAUUGUCUCACUUGAACAUGAACUGAAAAUCCUCAAUGUGGAGAAUGAAAAGCUGCGAAAAAAACAGUCAAACCUGGAGAGUCAAUUAAUGGAGACUAGUGACAAGUUGCUACAGUCAAAUUCAAGCCUGACAUUUAGCCAGGCACAAAAUCUUCGAGAACUGCAGCAACUACGAGAACAGAUCUGCACCAUGGUUCCUAAAGAACAAUUAACACAGCUUCAGCAACGUCUAAGCCACGAGGAAGUUCAAUAUCAUCAGCUACAAGAGCAACUAGACAAGAAAGUCAUGGAAAGCAAUUCACAGCAGGAGGCAUAUGAGCGACUGCUAAAAAAGAUGGAAGAAAGAAUGCAAGAUGUUGAAAAUAAGUUAAGGAACAUGAAGUUACUUCUUCAGGACAAAGUCAUGCAACAGAAAGAACAACUGUCCAAGAAUGCUAAAGCAGAUGAAAAAGUCAAAGAUUUGUAUGUUGAAAAUGCUCAACUCCUCAAGGCCCUUGAAAUGUCUGAACAGAGACAGAAGACAACAGAGAGAAAAAACUACCUGCUUGAAGAAAACAUUGCAGGCCUUAAUAAAAUUCUCAAGGACCUAUCAGCAUCAUCAUUGUCUACGGCCUCAACCCGUUAUGCACCCUAAUACAUUCUAUAAAUAAUAUCAUAAGAUACAGAGCAAAGAAUUGCAACACUUGAAACACUAAUGCACUUUAUUGGUUGAAUAUUUCUGUAAGCAAGUGCUUAGUUUUUCCAGGACUUAUUUUGUAGGCUUUAGAAGGAAAAUCAUAGAACAAGGUGCUGGACAAGGAUUACAAAAUACUGCCCUAAAAUUACCAUUGGCUUGAAAAGACUGGUGCACUUCACUGUUCAUUAUUUAAUUUCGAAAAGAAAUUAUACAUUCAACAAUCAGAAAUGAACUGCUAGUUACUCCUUGGAGAUCAUGUGGAUUUUUUUAAGAAAGCUGUUUACAAGUGAGAUAUUUGGUUUGAUUAUUUUUUAAACGUCUUGGGCCAAAGAAUACUAUAACUAGGGGUAAAAGCCAAUCAGAAGCAGUUGAUAUGCUGGCAUUGUGAAACUAAAUGUAUCUGUGAAUAUGACCAACACCAGUUUCUGUAUUAUCUAAAGUAUUACUGCUGAUAAUUUAAACAUAAAGAAAGAUUAUGGUAUGUGUAACUUGUACAGUUUGGAUGUCAGAAUAUAAAUGUGAAUCAAUGAAAAGGUCAUAUGUUGUUGAGAAAGUAAUGUAAAUACUGUUAUUUAAAGUUAUACUAUGCAGAACAAUCCAGUUGAGCCUGUGACAGUAUUCACGUUUCAAAUUCCUGGAAAAUCUGUUAACAUGCAGAAUUUUAAAAAGUGUCAUACCUAAUAUUUAAUUUUAUACAAAAUAAACAUUAUUUGUGUUACAGAAGACAAAACCUCUUACCUUCCAACUAAUAUAAUGAGUUGCUUUUAUAUGGUUUUUACAAACUUUAACUAUAAAGUUUGAACAAUGUAGUGUCUCUGUUGAUGAAGAAUGCAGUACUCCUUAUGACUUGAUCCUGGAUGAUUAAAAUCCCAGCUGUUUAAAGCAGUGGUUAUUCCCAUAAAAUUAAUACCAGCUGCUGGUUCAUAGAAAAGCAAACAAACAUUUUCAAUUGCAUAAAACCCAAACUUGAAGCUGCAUGAAACAGCUUUUUAAAUAAACUUGUUAUUUGUAAGAGUAAUAUAUUUAUAUAAUAUAUAUAUACACAUAAAUAAUUAUGUGCAACCUGUAUUUGCAGAUUCUAUAUCUACAGUAUUUGAAAUCAUAAAAGUGAAAGUCGCAGUGAUGAAGAAAAGAUUAUUUUUCCUAUUUUUCUUUGCUACUCGGUAUUAAACCCUCCAAAUUGAGAUGGGACAGUUUAGAACUUUAGACAUUCGACUUAAAUGAAGAUGAUACCAAGUCUUAAUUUAUGCAUCCUUCAAAGGAGUUUUCACAGAUGUGAUAUGGAACUACAACAUGAAGUUAAGUUCCAAAAUUCAAAAAUUUAAGCUCAAAAUUCAUUGGGAUUGUGCCUUAUGGACAAAAUGUUAGAUUAUGGCUAUCUAUUCAUAACCAGAUUAUCUCUACCACCAGGUUCUCUUCCCAUUUUUACAACAUCAUUACAUUGAGAUGUAGCGUUGCUACUUUCAAUUCAAAUGCAAAAUUCAGUUUUUAAUUUGCCUUUAAACUUCUCAAUUGUCUUAUUUUUUUCUAACUUAGAGCAAAUCAUUGUCCAAAAAGACCUUUCUUGUGCAUAAAUGAAUGUUUCUCUGAUUCACACGAUGUGAUGAAUGACGUCUCGCAAAGAUCUGUGCAGAUGCCUCAAUUUUUACAUCAAUUACUUAGAUGAAGGGAAUGAAAGCAUAGUAGCUGAAUUCACAGGUGACACCAGUAUAGGUAGGAAAGAAUAUUGCGGAGGAGACAUUACCAAGCUAUUGGUUGCAGACAGAUAUAGGUAGGCUGAGUGGGCAAAAAUCAGACAAGUGGAGCAUGAUAAGGAAAAAUGUGAUGUUGUUCAUUUUGGAAGGACAAAUUAAAAGCAGAGUAUUAUUUAAAUGGAUAAUGAUUGUGGAAUUCUGAGGUGCAGGGGGAUUUAGAUGUUCUAGCACAUGAGUUACAAAAUGUCGAUAUGCAGCUACAGCCUCUAGCCAAAAAGACCAACAGGGGAUGUUUCCUUCGUCACCAGGGGAAUUGAACAUAAAAGUAAGGAUGUUAUGCUUCUUUUAUACAAGGCACUAGUGAGGUCUUGAAUACUUUACAUAGUUUUAGUCUCUUUGUUUAAGGAAGUUUAUAAAUGAAUUGGAGUUUGUGCAGAGGAGUUUUACUACAUUGAUACAUGGAAUGAAUGGGCAAUCUUAUAAGAAUGGAUUGGACAGGCUGGGCUUGUUUACACUGGAGUUUAGAAAAGCGAGGGGUGAUUUGCUUGAAGUAUAUAAGACCCUAAAUGGUCUGAACAAGAUGGAUAUGGAAGGGAUGUUUCCUAUUGUCUUAGGGGAUCGCCCUUUUAGAACAGAGAUGAAGAAAUUUUUUUCUCUGUUGGUUGUGUGACUUUGGAAUUCUCUAUCUCAGAAUGUGGUGCAGGCCAAGCCAUUAAAUAUUUUUAAGACGGAGGUAGAUAGAUUUGUAUUAGGCAAAGGAGUAGAUGAGAAUUAGAAUUCAGAAUACAAACAUAUCCAUGACCCUAUUGAAUGGUGGAGCAGGUUUGAGAGGCCAUAUCAUCUACUUCUGCUCCCAAGUCAUUUGUAUGUUUCUUCUGAUGCUGUUUUUUUGUCUACAUUCUCCCUUCUACCCAUUUAUGCCAGCCAAGGUUUCAACAGCCUCAGCACUACACUCUGGACAUCUUUCCCUAAAGACUUCAUCACCCAUCUUUCUUCUCCAAGCCCUUCCUUUAAACUUGUAUUUCUUAUCGAGCUAUUGGCCAAAUUUCUAUACCCAAUUGUUAUAUUGUGUGUUGCUGUGAAGCACCUCCAGACAUUUCUGGACGUUGAAGGUAUUAUUUAAGUAUAAACUGUUAAUUAUGCAAACUCAUGGAUGAUUGUCAUUUGAAAUAUUCACCUUGAGUAGAGUUCUCAAGAUGUGCUCUUUGAAUUCUGUUUUAAAUGUAAUCAAGAAGAUGGAGUUCUGUGAAGAAAUUGAAAAGGUAUAUCAUUUAAACAGCUGAUUAGGGAGAUGACAUUUAAAUUAUAAAGUCUUGUUUGUUGGUCUUGUUAAUAUUUUUAGAAACUGCAUAAAGUUCUUCCUUAAUAUUAACAGCCUGUGUGAAGACGCUACAUAAAUGUAAGAUCUCUUUUACAUAAAGAUAUGUGUAAUCAUGUGAAAAGUAUUAAAUUGCCAACCUAAUUAUCCAAUAAUAUUACCUAAUUGUUCCAAAGAUGACUUUUGAGUCCUGUUCCAUUUCUCUAAUUGUGUUCUCUGUCAAAAACCAGAUGUCUCAUAGAAAUGUAGAAGAUAGGAGCAGGAGAUGGCCAUUCAUUCCCUUCGAGCCUGUUCUGCCAUUCAUCACGGUCAUGGCUGAUCAUCCAUCUCAAUAGCCUAAUCCUGUUUACUCCCCAUAACCUUUGAUACUAUUUGCCCCAAGUGCUAUAUCUAGUCACCUCUUGAAUACAUUCAGUGUUUUGGUAUCAGCUACUUCCUGUGGUAAUGAAUUCAUACUCUUUGGGUGAAGAAAUGUCUCCUCAUAUCCGUCCUAAAUUGUCCAUCCCGAGUCCUCAUUCUGUGACCCCUGGUUCUGGACACAAUCACCAUUGGGAACAUCUUCCCUACAGCUACUCUGUCCAGUCCUGUUGGAAUUUUAUAAGUCUGUAUGAGAUUUGUCCCACCUCAUUCGUUUGAACUCUAGCAAAAACAUUCCCAACCAAGUCAAUAUCUCCUCAUACAUCAGACCUGCCAUCCCCGCAAUCAGUCUGUUUAACCUCCGUUGCACUCCCUUGAGUGCAAGAGCAUUUUUCCUCAGAAAAAGAGACCAAAACCGCGCACAAUAGUCCAGGUGUAGUCUCACCAAGGUCCUGUACAACUGCAACAACAUAUCCCUGCUCCUGUACUCAAAACUUCUCGCAAUGAAGGCCAAAUGAGCCAUUUUCUUGGCGAUUUUUAUUAGUUGACCUUUUGUUCUCAGAUGCAGGGUGAAGAGACAGGUCCCAUAUUUACCUCAGCCAGAGUAGGAAACAUAUCUCUGCUGUUGGCAUCAUCUUGAUACACAUGCUAGCCAUUGAUCCAACUGACAUAAUCGGUUCCUUCAAUUCACCACUGUAGCUGUGCUAUUUCUUAUUCAUAGUAAAGUGAGCAAUAUCUUCUUACAAUAUGUGUGUAUAUAUAUAUAUGGUAAUAUCUACUUUGUAAUUUAUUUUCACAACUUAUUGUCAAUUUGUUCCAUGUUUGUGGUAGAAGGAUGUAACAGGCUGAAAGUGUUAAUGCAGAGAUGCACCCACCACUCUGAUGGUGUCAUUUAGGCAUGGUGGGGGAACAACUUAGGAUCUUAAAGGAGUGAGACAUAACAUCUAGACCUUCUUCAUCAUCUCUAACAAUGUUUAACAUGUCAAUGUAAU